AACGUGUUUAGACCGAAUUUCCUCUAAAUAACAUAUUCGGUACAGGGUACAAAGUUACUUUGGAGUAAAGAAAAAUUGUUUGCAGACUAGAAGAUAGUGACUGUGAUAUUUUGAAAAUGGAAUUAACAUUGAGAACCUUACCUCGUGUUUUACACAAAACACAGACUGUGAGUUGCCCCAGAAUCAGCCUGUGUCACACACGCCUCUUUCAAAAUUGUGUAAGCAAAAAGUCAUCAAUGCCAGCUAGAUUGAGCACAAAGACAGAUAUUGUAGCUGAGAGGACUCUGUUCCAAAUGUUGCCUGUUGUUUACUGGCGAACUAACAGACAUAUGGCAGGGCACAGUAAAUUCUCUAACAUCAAACAUCGAAAAGAGGCGCAGGACAGUAAAAAGUCAGCACUGAUGGGACAGUAUGUCAAGCUAGCACAGUCAGCUGUAAAAAUGGGUGGCUCUACUGAUCCCAAACUUAACCCCAAGCUGGCCCAGGUUAUAGAGAGUGCAAAGAAGAGCAGUCUGGGUGUUGAAACCAUAAAAAAACUACUUGAAAGAAUGAAAAAUAAAGAAUACAAAGAUAUUAUGAUAGAAGUUUGUGGACCAGCCAACUCCAUUUUCUUGGUUAUGGUAGACGCAACGAACCAAGUCAGUGCUAGGACAGAGGUGAAAGCUGCAAUGAGGAAACAUCCAGUGAAAGUCAGCACCUCCCCUUCCAGUUUUCACUUAUUCGAGCAGCAGGGAAUUUUGUACGUGACCCCUGACCCCGGACGCCCCAACCUUGACCUUGAGGAAAUUGCCAUCGAAUGUGAGGCUGAGGACGUAACCAAGGAAACAAAUGAAGAAGGUCGUGAAGUGAUCAAGGUUAGUCUUGAGUUCUUCCGGGCUCUGCUGAAAGCAGAGUUCUGGCUGUAG